CGAGUGCUUCUGCGAAAGCUCUGUGAGGCCGCUCGGGAGAAAUGCGUGAGGCUUGCGAGAGAAGCAGAUGUGGAGAUCCCACUCGCAGCCGAUGGAAAAACAAACUGGGAUGCGUUUUUCAACAUUCCAGGAGUCGUGGCAUUGUUAAACGAUGCAGGGCUCACCGUGGGGCUCGAGUAUGCCAGAUCGAUCCCGCGGCGUUUGCUUGCGGGUGCGUAUCAAGUGGUGGAGUUGGAGGAGGUGUUCGUCGACACAGUGCUGGAGCUGAUGCCCAACGAGUUCCGGACCAAAAUGGAGAACAUUCUGGUGUUCGUCUAUCCAGCAGCACAAGCUUCUCUCCAAGCGGCCUUUGACGCUGACGCUCUGACUGAGU